AUGUAUGAGAUCUACGCUGCUGGUGCUGCGGCAGCGUUCACAGUUGACUGUCUGGUCUACCCUCUAGACACCAUCAAGACCAGAUAUCAGAGCCAAGACUUUAUCAAGACGUAUGCCUCGACAUCAGGGAGCAAAGCGCCCCUCUUCCGGGGCCUCUACCAGGGCAUUGGGAGUGUGGUGCUGGCCACAUUGCCGGCAGCGGGAAUAUUCUUCGCCACGUAUGAGAGCAUGAAGAAGACAAUCUCUAGCACGGCCUUGCUCCCUCAACCGUUUGUACAUGCCUCGGCCUCAGCCAUCGCAGAGAUGGGCUCAUGCCUGGUUCUCGCACCCGCAGAAGUCAUUAAACAAAAUGCGCAAAUGUUACGAAAGCAAGACAACAGCAGCAACGGUACCAGACGAUCAACAUCACUUGAGGCUCUGCGACAAGUCACAAGUUCCGGGGCGCAAAGACGUCUCUUCUCCGGCUACACAGCCCUUGUCGCGCGCAACCUCCCCUUUACCGCGAUUCAAUUCCCCAUCUUUGAGUACGUGCGAAACACAGUCUGGACCUCGAGGUCGCAAGGGAGGGCAGAGGGCGAAGAACAAGGACUCGUAGAGACGGCCGUGGUCACAGGGACCAGCGCGGGCGCAGCGGGCGCGUUUGCGGCUUUCAUCACUACGCCGAGCGACGUCGUCAAGACGCGGAUGAUGCUGAGCGCGGGAGAAGCCGGCGAUAAGAGCCACAGCACUUCUCCGCCCUCACAUGCUGAGAAAUCGGCGAGCCCUGAGCCGAAGCGCGGCAGCUUGGAGGUGACGCGGGACGUGUAUCGACGACACGGCGUGCGCGGCUUGUUCCGCGGUGGAGGGUUGCGUGCCGUGUGGACGGCAGUCGGCAGCGGUCUCUACCUGGGCACGUACGAAAUGUCAAAGGUCUGGCUUACUCGGGGCAAGGACGAAUCGGAAGUUGUCGGGGGGCUGUAG